AUGGCGACCUGGAAUUCAAUCCCGCGCGAAAUACAGCAAAUGGUGCUAGAUGCACUGGUGGCACUCAAAAAGAAGGAGGCGCAAAAGCUGUUGCACACUAAGCCGCGGCUGUCGCGAUACGUUACCGUCUGUCGCUUUUGGCAAGAGGCUCUCGAGCCCGUCAUGUUCAGGGACCUGCACAUAAAACCCAAGCAUCUUGCCGACUUCGACAACUACUUGCGCGGCGGGCGGCGGCUCAUGCUCCGGCACCUCUGGUUCCGCGUGCAGCUGAGUAAGCCGCGGCGGCGCAUGACGGAGCGAGACAAGAUGGACGAGGAGGAGGACAACAAUGCCUUCUUCACCACAGCCGUCUACGACCUGUUCGCGACGCUGAGGAAGUGGGGACGCUUGCCACAACAGCCGCUGGAGCUGGAACUUGGGGCCGAGAGUCCCGGUGACCCCAAGUGGUCCUUUGGUGACCAGGGCAUCAUGACCAACAACGACUACUCGGUCGGCGAGCUCGACUUUUGCUUCGUCGACGGCUUCAAAAAGUUCUCGUACCCUUCACCGCUUCCCGAGGUUGGCGUCGUCACAACCUUUUCCAUCCUUCGCCGCACGCGCCGGUACUUUGCACCGCAGGCCCUCCUGACCAUUUUCGACAGUCUUCCCAACAUUAGCGAGAUCCGAUAUGAGCCGUGGUACUUUCUGAACGCGGAUUCCCAGUGCGAUGUUGACGAGGCCUUUGGCCGCUAUAUCAGACACUGGCCGCCAACCGUCAAGCGCAUCAGCAUCUACGAACAUUGUAGGGAGUUUAGGCGGCACUUUCCCAACCAGUUCAUCGAGUUUGACGACGCCUGGAUGGACGAGAAUGGCGGCUUGUUUGGUGACUUGGACGGAGAUGGAGACCUGCACGAUAUGCAUCAGGAUCACGACCUAAUGCAUAACCUCCACCACCACCAUCACCACGUACAUCAUCACCAUCAUCAUGAUCACCACCACCAUCACCAUAUACAUCAAGGGGAUGAUCAGAACUGGCACGGGCCGGAUAAUGAGAGCAUAGCCGAUGAGGACGGCUGGGAAACGGCGAACGAGGACGAGGACGGUUUCGACGAUGACGACAACGACUUUGAAAAUAAUCAGGACUCUCAUGACGGCACCGGCGACAGCAACCAAAAUUCCAAUAGUGGCUGGAACCUACCUUCGGCUCCCGAUCUCGUGCAGGCAUUCGCCAACGCUCUCUCGAAUCUCCCGCUGCCCGGUUCGGCGGCAACUAACGAUCCGUCACAACCGGUUGUGGCACAAGGAGGAAACGGGCCAUUUGGAGACCCCGGUGGCGGGGAUGAGUUUGGCGGAGGGGACCCUGGCGAUUACCCAGAGCUAGCCCCUCUCGGCCUGGGAUUGCUAUUUAUCCGCCCCAGUCAGAAACUGCAGGAGUUGGCCGUGUCGGGCCUGAUCGAUGCCCGGGACUUCUUCGAGCCCUUCUACGCCCGGCCCGAGUCUGGUAUGAGCGACGCACUGCCAUCAUGGGACGAACUGCGAUGGCUGACACUGACUUCGCCGGCGCUCCUCAACCCGACCCCUUCUGAGGGGGGCAGCGAUCAUGUCAAUGAGCUGCUGCAGGCGGCAGGCAGGGCCGCGAUGCGCAUGCCGAAGCUGCAGGUUAUGGAGAUAUACAGCACAGACGCGCGCGGCGGUGCCGUGUUCCGCUAUCAGGCCACGGAGACGAGGACGGCCAUCUCGUGGUCUAGUGCUUGGUCGAGCAGCUGGCGGCCGCCAAAUGCCAACGACGGCGGGCCGGCGGCGGUGGGAAACAAUUUCGACGGUAACAACGGCGGCAACAUCAAUCUAGGCAGCAUGCUGGAGGACGCGGAUGGAGACGUAGAUAUGGGCGUCGCAGGAGAUACGGUUGACGUGGAUGACGACGAACAUCCAAGGCACUUUCGAGUCAGUCCUCGGGUGGUUGAGACGUGGCAGCGCGUGGCGCGGCGGCUCACGCGUCACGACCUGGACCCUGUGUUCGAGGCCGUGUCGACGUGGCCCGGUGAUCCCUUUGACUUCUUGCACGAGAACUUGGUCACGAGGGAGCUGGUGCUGCAUGAGGCCAGCUCUAUGGAUAUAUUGCAGACUUUUGAGUUGCCCGGGGAGGCCUUAAGACUUCCUCGAGUAGGGCAACCAUGA